AUGGCUGAGGGCAACGGAGUUCUGAUAAUUGGGGAAACUCUGGGGGACGAACUAACCCUGGCCUCCCAGGAAGUCUUGGCUGCCGGCCGGAAAAUGGCCGAUGACCUGGGCCAGGAGUUGGCUAUCGGAAUAUUUGGGGACGUGGGAGGGGAUAUUGCCCAGUCCGCCAUUGCACAGGGAGCCGACAAAGUAUAUUCGGUAACCAGUCCCAUGCUGGCCGACUUCCAGGUGGAGCUUUACCUGGCCGCUGCCGAGACCCUCUGCAAGGAGACCAGCCCGUCUAUUGUCUUGAUAGCUCGCACUAACCAGGGCCGGGAAGUUGCCCCCCGUCUGGCAUUCCGCCUGGGCGUUGGUCUGGCCCAGGACUGCCUUGAAGUGUCUGCCGACGCUGCCACCGGUAGGCUCCUGGCUAACCGACCAGUUUAUGGCGGCAAUGCUGUCGCUGUCGUGAGCUGCAAUCAGACUCCCCAGGUGGCAGCUGUCCGUCCCAAGGUUUACGUACCCUUGGAACCUGAUGCGUCCCGUCAGGGUGAGGUGGUCUCCUUCCCCGUGGAUCUCGACGACUCGAUUGUCCGGAGCAGGGUGAUUGAGGUGGUGAAGGAAGAGGCUGAGGGUGUCAAGCUGGAGGAUGCCACCAUCGUUGUGUCGGGUGGUCGAGGCUUGGGUGGUCCGGAGCCCUUUGCCCAACUGGAAGAGUUGGCCAAGCUGCUCGGUGGCGCAGUGGGAGCAUCCAGGGCCGCCGUUGACUCUGGCUGGGUUCCCGCUAGCUACCAGGUAGGUCUGACGGGCAAGACCAUUACUCCGGAUCUGUACAUCACCAUAGCAAUCUCUGGAGCCAGCCAGCACAUGGCCGGAUGCUCCGGGUCCAAAGCCAUAGUCGCCAUCAACAAGGACGCAGAGGCCAACAUUUUUAAGGAAGCCCGCUACGGUGUUAUUGGCGACUGGGAAAAGGUUCUUGCGGCAAUGACGGAAACUGUAAGGGAGUUAGUGCAGGAGUAA